CUCUCUCCUAUGUUUCUGUUUCUUCUCCGCUCCUUUUGUUUCCCCGUUCUUCUCUCUCUAGCAUAAAAGAAUUGCGUGGAACCGAAGAGAGAGAGAGAGAGAGGGUGAGGGAGCCGAGUCGUAAUGGCAGGAGGAACCUUCUUUUCCUGACUCCCUGCGGCUGCAGCUCAUCAUUGUCCCGGAUCCUUGUGCUUCGUUCCGGUUGCGCUUUUCUUGGUCCUUGGUGGACUGAGCCGUCGGGAGGGGGGAGAAGGCCAGAAAGGGGAGCCUCGCCAUUGGGCCCCUGCGAUCCUCUUCCAUUGCCAUUGCCCUUCGAUCACAGGUUGAGCAAUCAAAGCUAAGAUGGAUGGCCAUGUAGCCAUGGAGUGGAAGGAUCUCAAACCAGGCCCAGAAUCCUUGAUGCCGAGCGUCCUGACUGGAGCAUUUCCACCAGACACCAAAGGAGGAAAAGGCAACGAGGAUGCUAAGGCUGGAUUUGAGAAGCAUGGUCUGUCAGUCGCCACAAGCUCACCCCUGGAGGAAGGGCAGUCACUGCCAAUGACCCCGCAGUUUGGCCAGAAGUCUGGUGCCGGCAGCAGCCUCGCCGAGAGGAUGCAAGCAAGAGCUGGAUUCAGCGUGCCGAAGCUCAGCAUGCCGUUCAACACAGCAGUUGGAGCUGAUAAUUCAAUGACAGGAGCUCCAUCACCCUAUCUCACGAUCCCGCCUGGCCUGAGUCCGGCAACACUGUUGGAGUCACCAGUCUUCCUUUCCAAUGCCAUGGGCCAAGCGUCGCCAACCACGGGGAAGUUACUCAUGCUUGGUGGUAAAAAUGACACUGAUCCUAUUAGAUUUGAAGGUCCUCUACUCGGCUAUGGUCCUGAUGCAUUUUCUUUCAAGCCUUUGGAGACGAAAUCUUCACACUACACUGCUGAAGAAAAGAAGGAAUUUCUAUGCAACAAUCAACGUCCAUCAAUACCAAGCACGCAUGUUUCUGUCAAGACUGAAACUAAGAUUCAGACGGUACAAGAGGCCAAUUUGCUGGGCCAAGUAAACCAACAGAAGCUCAAUGGUCAGACCACUGUGAAGAAUGGUUCUCAAGACUCCAAGCUCAGUAGUCUUGCACCUGACACCGCUGCAGGCAAUGAACGCGCAUCACCUCCGGAUCACGGCCAGCCGACGGAGGAAGGAGACGCGAGGGGAGACUAUCCGGCAAUGGUCACCGCCGCGCCGGCGGAGGACGGUUACAGCUGGAGAAAGUAUGGGCAGAAGCAGGUGAAGCACAGCGAGUACCCGCGGAGCUACUACAAGUGCACGCAUCCGAAUUGUCAGGUCAAGAAGAAGGUGGAGCGCUCGCACGAGGGGCACAUCACGGAGAUCAUCUACAAGGGCACGCACAACCACCCGAAGCCUGCGCAGAGCCGCCGGCCGGGCGUCCCGCCCGUCCACCCUUUCGGCGACACGCAAACGGACGGGACCGACAACCCAGGAUCACAGCCAAACGCAGUGGAGGCGAGGCCGCUGUGGCAUAACAAUGCGAGUGUUCAGGACUUGCGUGGCGACGGCCUGGACGCGACGUCGUCCCCCUCUGUUCCGGGUGAGCUCUGUGACUCGUCGGCGUCAAUGCAGGUCAGCGCCCGGUUUGAGCCCCCGGAGGGUGUGGAUGUGACGUCUGCAGUGUCUGACGAGGUGGACGGGGAUGACAGGGUGACUCAUGGCAGUUUGUCCCAGGGCGGUGCUGACGCAGAGGGCGACGAACUGGAAUCCAAACGAAGGAAGCUGGAGUCAUAUGCCAUUGAUAUGAGCACUGCAUCGAGGGCUGUCCGCGAGCCCCGAGUCGUGAUCCAGACGACCAGCGAGGUCGACAUCCUAGACGACGGCUACCGCUGGCGCAAGUACGGGCAGAAGGUCGUCAAGGGUAACCCAAACCCAAGGAGCUACUACAAGUGCACGCACCCGGGGUGCUUGGUGCGGAAGCACGUGGAGCGCGCGUCGCACGACCUCGAGUCCGUGAUCACCACGUACGAGGGCAAGCACAACCACGAAGUCCCCGCCGCGAGGAACAGCGGCCACCCGAGCUCCGCGGCGCCCGGCGCGGCGAUGGCCGCGCCCGGCCAGGCCCACGCCGGCGCGCGCAGGCCAGAGCACCUCUCGGUGCAGGACUGCUUGAUGCGUCUGGGCGGCUGCGGCGUGCCGUUCGGCCUGCCGCCGAGGGACCCGCUCGCGCCGAUGGGCAACUACCCGUACUCCACCCUCGGCCCCACGGCGGCCGCGUCGCUGCCGAGCCUGCCGAUGCCCCCGGGGCUCGAGGCCGUCGAGGGGCUGAAGCUCCCGAUGCUGGCGCCGCCGCUGCACCCGUUCCUGAGGCACCGGCAGACGAUGGAGCCCGCCGGGCUCGUGGUGCCCAAGGGGGAGGUGAAGGGCGAGGCUCACGGCGCCGGCGGCAACGGCCCCGGUGCAACCGCGUCCGUGUACCAGCAGCUGAUGCGCAGCAGGCUGUCCCUGGGCCAUCAGGUGUAGAUAAUAAAAGGUUACAUGAUUCGUAAGUUAAUUGUCAGUCGUAUUAGGAUGAGUUGAUGAUAAGCAUACCGUGGAAACAAACACCUUUCCUUGCUUCUUUCUUCCGUUUCUUCACCCGACCAUUUCAUCUUCCUUCAGGUGAUCAUUACCACUGCAUCUGCUUGUUUAUGCUCAGUUAGUUUCAAAAGCUCUUGUUAAGCAACAGCAUUUGGUGCCUCUAU